AUGACAUCCAUCGACUUUCGGCCUCCUUACUCACAGGAAGAACUCGACAAACUGUACCCCAAAGAUCUUGAGCUUCGCCUCGUACAAGUCCUUCUCCGCCAUGGUGAACGUGCUCCUGUGUCUGCCCGGUUCGGCAAUGCAGGUCUCCCCGCAUACUGGCCCUACUGCAAUGCCGCCCAACGACUGCGAUCGGUGGCCCUGACACCACAAGAUGACCUACGGUGGAAUUCCUUACAAUGGCGAAGAAGACUGGAAAGAUUUGGCCACGACGACGGUCCGGUCAUUGCUGCAGGACCGGCGGGCGAGGUGGAUGGUAUUUGCCAACUGGGCGAACUCACAGAUAAGGGAAGAGAGACGACCUACGAACUGGGGAAACGUCUGCGCCAUCUCUACAUCGACCAGCUGAAGUUUAUGCCCUCUUUGAUCGCCAACGCCGACUUGAUCUACCUUCGAGCCACUCCUCUCCCUCGCGCCCUAGAAUCCGUCCAGCAGACUUUCUGGGGAAUGUAUCCUUUGACCGCUCGCACUGCUGCCUUUCCUGCUCCUACCAUUGUCACCAGAACGCCCGCAGAUGAAACCCUCUUCCCCAACGACGGCAAUUGUCGACGCUUCGCCCAACUGUCUCGUGCAUUUGCGCAACGCACCGCCGAUAGAUGGAACGACACCGAUGAUCUGAAGUACAUCACCAAGCUGAUUGGCAAGUGGAUGCCUGAAAACUCCAACAAGCAAGUCGCCGUCGACUCGCAUCCUCGACUGUCUGGCAUAAUGGACACGAUUAAUUCAACACUCGCUCACGGUCCGGAGACCCGUCUUCCUAAGGAGUUCUAUGACGCAAAGUCCCGGGCCAUCAUUGAUCGGAUCGGUGUCGAAGAAUGGUUCUCGGGGUACAACGAAAAUCGGGAAUAUCGCAUGCUCGGGAUAGGAGCCUUGAUCGGCGAUAUUGUCGAACGGAUGACUUCCAAGAUUGAAGGUGCCGGCCUCAGUAUCAACGAGAUCGGUGGUGAGAAUGGCCGUUUAGGUAUCGGUCGAGGUGGUGAGAAGGGUAUUCGAUUUGCUCUGUCUGGUUGCCACGAUACUACACUCGCUAGUGUCUUGACGAGUCUCGGAGCAUUCCAGGAAGAGAAGUGGCCUCCUUACACCAGCCAUAUCGCCUUUGAGCUGUUCAGAAAGAGAGGUCCGAAUGAAUCAGGUCUCAGUGCUGACGCGAACGUACUCCUGCCUGCAAGUCCGCCGUCGACAGAUUCUAAGUCUGAGACGGACUCGAUGACACGACCUGGUCGUUUCGCCUCUUUCCUGGGUCUCCGUUCUCCAGCUUCCUCCCAGACUGACUCUACGUCGUCAUCGCCAUUGUCCAGCCCACUGUCAUCGCCUUCUCGGUCACUUCGGUCGACACUCGCCCCCUCACUGCCUCCGAAGGAUCUUAUUGCCCGAACCCCCUACAAUGAGCUUUCGGAAUCGCAGAAGGACCGACUUGAUUCGUACUAUGUCCGCGUUCGGUACAAUGAUCGAGUCAUGAAGGUCCCGGCGUGUGCGAAGCCUGGAAACAAUUAUCAAGGAGACGAGACUAUCUGUACGUUUGAGGCGUUCAAGCGUGUCACUGAUGGCUAUGUGCCCAAGAAUUGGAAGGCUCAGUGUGGCGAGAACCUGGACAAGCCCAUCGCCUCAUUGGACACUCCUCCGCAGAUUGCUGGGCAGAUUGAGGACCGGUUUUGA